AUGAAAAAAAAAGUACAAAAAAAAUUAAAACGUUACAUAUUUGUUUUUGAAUCGUUGAAUGGACCUGGUCCAUUAGCUCCAUUAUUUGUCGAUGUAUCCGGUGUUUAUUUUCGACCAGAAGGUUUAAAUAAUACAUAUAUAUGUGGAUGUAGCCCGAAUGAAGAUAAUGACAAAUCUGAAAAUAAUCUCGAAGUAGAUUAUUCCGUAUUUGAAGAACAAAUAUGGCCAGUAUUGGCUAGUCGUAUACCAAGUUUUGAAACUUUAAAGCUCAAAAGUGCUUGGUGUGGUUUUUAUGAUUAUAAUUAUUUUGAUCAAAAUCUUAUCAUUGGUCCACAUCCUCAACAAAAGAAUUUCUUUUUUGCUAAUGGUUCAAGUGGACACGGUUUACAACAUGGACCUGCUAUCGGUCGAGCUCUAUCUGAAUAUUUAGUUGAUCUUAAAUAUCAAUCAAUUGAUUUAACACGUUUUGGUUUUCAACGUGUUGUUAAUAAUACUCCAAUAUUUGAGCCUAUGAUUGUUUAG